AUGCUUCAAUUUAUUCUUGUUCAAAACAGACAAGGAAAAACGAGGCUUUCAAAAUGGUAUGUACCAUGUGAUGAUCAAGAAAAAAAUAGAAUUAAAGGUGAAAUUCAUCGUCUUAUUGUUCCAAGGGAUCAGAGACAUCAAUCCAAUUUUGUAGAUUUUUGUAAUCAUAAAAUUAUUUAUCGUAGAUAUGCUGGUCUUUUUUUUUCUGUUUGUGUUGACUUAGACGAUAAUGAAUUGGCUUAUCUUGAAGCAAUACAUCUGUUUGUUGAGGUUAUUGAUCGUUUUUUUGGAAAUGUCUGUGAAUUAGAUUUGAUCUUUAAUUUUUAUAAGGUAGUUUAUGUUAUUUUAGAUGAGGUUUUUUUGGCUGGAGAGAUUGAGGAGAUUAGUAAAAGUGUUAUUUUAACGCGUUUGGAAGAACUGAGUCGUUUAGAAUAG